UUCCUUCCUUCCACUCAUCACCAAUCUCCAUUCCUUGCUUAGCUAGCGACUUUCUUCUAGUCUUUAACCAAGAAAAUUACCUCGACUUCUAUAGUUGUUGAUUAUCAAAAUGCAUUACCAAACUGAGUCAUGGGGUUCUUACAUGGCCACGAGCAGUUACGGUGAUUCACUGGAGCGCAUAGAGAGGAUGGCGUCGGAGAACGCGGUGGUGAUAUUCAGCAUCAGCAGCUGUUGCAUGUGUCACGCCAUCAAGAGGCUCUUCUGCGGCAUGGGGGUCAAUCCAACGGUGUACGAGCUAGACGAGGAUCCCAGAGGAGGCAAGGACUUGGAGAAGGCUCUGAUGAGGAUCUUGGGGACCUCCAACGCUGUGCCGGUGGUCUUUAUCGGUGGGAAGCUCGUCGGAACCAUGGACAGAGUCAUGGCCUCGCACAUUAAUGGCUCGCUCGUCCCUCUUCUCAAAGAGGCUGGGGCUCUCUGGCUCUGAUUUAGAGGACUGCUAGCUCUUUUCAUCAACAAAAACUAAAUGAUCACUUAUAACAUAGCGCAAAUUAAGUAAGCAAGGAAUGCAGAGGAAGAGGAGUGAAGAAGUUUGUGAGUUUCACCCCCUCCACAUCUUGGGAGACACUAAUCACUAAUUUAAUCCAUGUCUCAUUAGCUAGCUACUAGUUCUUAUGCAUAAUUUUCUUUUCCGAGUUUUAUGUUCCGUUUUUUAGCUUUUCCGGGAUCUCUCUUUCUAGAGUCUAGAAAUGGGUGUGUUGGACUGCCUUUUGAGUACUUUUUUUUUUUUUUAUGGUUUUACCAUGGGCGUUAGUUCGGUGGGAAUGUAACUUCUCCCUCCUCUGUAUACAAGAAAAGUGCAAAAA